UGCGCAUGACACAUAACUAGCAGGAACAAGAAGAGGUCGCACUGAGUAGCAUUGAACUGAGACAGUGGAGAGAAGACUGUUUGAAUCAUGCUCGGACAAGCCGUGAGACGAUUUACGACAUCUGCUGCCCGUUCUUCACACUAUGCUGAAGGACCAGGGAAGAACCUGCCAUUUUCUGUGGAAAAUAAGUGGCGUCUUCUGGCCAUGAUGGCGGCGUUCUUUGGCAGUGGCUUCGCAUUCCCUUUCAUUGUCGUCAGACAUCAGAUCCUAAAGAAGUAAAAUGGCUGCACUAUUGUGCUGCCUACCAGAUCGUCAGCUGGAACAUAGUUAUCCAUCAGAGUUCUGUCCCUGCAAAAGAAUGGGAAUCUGUUAUUUUUCUUUGUAAAUAAAGUUUCCUUAAAUAUGA